AUGAGUGCAAGCAAGAGAACAAGAGCGAGCGAGGGCGAGCACAAGAGUGAGCGAGGGAGAGAAAACGAGAGCCAGCGAGGGAGAGAACGUGAGCAAAGCGACGAGAGGGAGAGCGACGAGAGGGAGAGCGACGAGAGGGAGAGCGACGAGAGGGAGAGCGACGAGAGGGAGAGCGACGAGAGGGAGAGCGACGAGAGGGAGAGCGACGAGAGGGAGAGCGACGAGAGGGAGAGCGACGAGAGGGAGAGCGACGAGAGGGAGAGCGACGAGAGGGAGAGCGACGAGAGGGAGAGCGACGAGAGGGAGAGCGACGAGAGGGAGAGCGACGAGAGGGAGAGCGACGAGAGGGAGAGCGACGAGAGGGAGAGCGACGAGAGAGAGCGACGAGAGGGAGAGCGACGAGAGGGAGAGCGACGAGAGCUCACCGCUACCCCCGCGGUGCGUGCUGGGAACUGUAGUCGCGCGGGCUCGGGCUUCAUCCUCGAGAACUACAACUCCCAUCAUACCGUGCAAACCAUCUCCAUGACAGCAACCGGCGACGGUGAUGAGCAGCUGCUCUGA